CUUUGAUUUGUGCUUGAAAUCCAAUAGGCAAUUACAGGUAUACCCGCUUCAACCAUAACUUUGAAAGGUGCCAUUGUUUACAUUAUGCUUGUCUCAUACUAAAUAUUGUCGAGUCUACAUCGCGUAGUUGUCGGCAAGAACAAAACCAUUCAUUGCUAUUGGUUCUAGAAGAUCAACGACUGUAUUUGUUCUAUAUUGUAAAUGUAAGUAUUAGUAUGGUAAGAAAUAGUAUCUAUAUGGCUGUUUACAUGUUGCAGCUCAUCACAAGAGAUUUGCAUAUUAUUCAAGAGGUAUCAGUUUCAUAUACAGACAGCUCAAGCAUAACCCAAAUCGAACACAUGAACACACUGAAAACGUUCUAUCUAAUCACCCAGACUGGAUAAAAUUUAUCAUCACGUUAUAUGACCAUAUGGGUACGAAUUUGUGCUCUACCGCGAGUCUAUACUCAUUCGAUUUAUCAGAACGUCAGCUGAAUAUAUGCAAUACUGUGUUGAGGUUUUAGUAUAAAUAUACAGUAUUAUAUUCCAACAAUAAUACAUCUGGCUCUGAAAUAGAGUGCAACAGGUUUAAGCUUUAAAGAGCCAUUGGAAUGGCUGGGAGUACGAUUCUACCACAAUGACUUGAAACCUUUUUUCUUCUGCAGACAAAAUGUGGAGAUAUGUUCUCCUCCUCUUUAAAAUAUUUUCCAUACUUCAAACAAUCCUUGGUGAAACCCCGCGAGGUCAUAUGAAACCCCUGGGCGAACACAGAUCUGCAGAAAUUGAAACGGAGGAAAUCAUCGACGAUCUGCAUCCACUGCAGUUCUGGAAACACUAUGUGAAGGCAGGGAUACCUGUGUUGUUUCCUGGGGCUGCUAAAAAUUCUGAGUAAGUUGAUAGUGUGCAUUCAAUAUCAGUAUGAACAUCCAGGGUUUAAUUAUAUAAUAUCUACACCAGGGGCAACCCUUAGUCCUUGCGACCCGGCCAGUGCAGCGAGGGCCAAUAGUUGUAUUUUCAUGUUCCUGGUUAGGUUUAAUAAAUGUAUAAAAUUCACACUAGAAAUUUACAUCUAUGAAACCCCUUCAACGAUUAGCCAUUCCGAAGUUGAUGAGUGGACUGGGGACGAGUGUUAAAAAGUGCCCAAAUUAAGAAAUGAACCAAAUCACUAAAACGACCACCUCAAAAUUAGUAAGUAUACAAAGUUUGAAGACGUUUACAUGAAUAUCCUUCGAAUAAUAAGCUUUCAAAAAUCGUGAAAAUCGUGAUAUUUACUAUGAAAUGUAUUGUAAUUUUUGUUUUUGGGACGCGCGUCCCCAAAACAAUCUUUCAAUCAGUAAUUUCACAAUUUUUGAAAGCUUAUUAUUCAAAGGGUAUUCAUGUAAACGUUUUCAAACUUUGUAUACUUACUAAUUUUGAGGUGGUCUUUUUAGUGAUUUGGUUCAUUUCUUAAUUUGGGCACUUUUUAACACUCGUACCAAGUCCUCUCAUCAACUUCGGAAUGGCUAAUUAGGAAAGAAGGUCUACGUAUUAUAGUCCUUAUUAGCCAUUUCCCAAAGUCCUGGGUCUAGUCGCGCGAAUCCCAUGUUGGAGGGACAAAAAAUAUGGCAGCACACAUUUAAAUUAAAAGUUUAAUGUAAAAAGGAGAUAUUUCAUUUCGUCUAAAAAGUUGAUAAUUGAUAAUAGAUACUUCUACUCUUUCACAUAUUUGACACCUGACACCAUAUCCAGGUGAUCUUGAUACGCGGAAAAGUACUGACACUAGUUGUCAAAUAGAAAUCCAUUUUAUGAUUAAAACAACUGAAUAUCUCCUGUAAUAUACUUUAUUUCGAUUCCAUAUUUUUGUCAGAGCCAUAGUUCUCAUAACCAAACAUAAUUACAAAAUUUCAACUAGUUUCAUAAAGAAUAAUGAAAGAUAUAAUUGAAUGAAUACAUCAAAAUGGAUUUCUAUUCGGACAACCCUUUCUGAGCGCUGAUUGGCUAAAAUACGAACACGAGAUCACCUGGAUAUUUUGUCCCUCCAAACGAUCUCAGAAUGUACUGUGAUCUCUUUUGGGUAAAGGCUAAUUCUUAGUCUCUCUUUCUCUGUAGUCCAAUCAUCCUUUCUUUCCCUCAUUUACUCCCAUCUUUCCUCUCAUUCCCAGGGCUUACAAAUCCUGGACAGAAGAAUACAUGAUGAGGAAAUUUGGUGACUUGACAGUGAAGAUGGAAGCACGCUCUGAGAACAGUGAUCGUAUACCAGUUGGUGAGAUUGGCCUGGGAAAAGAUACCAUCAAGAAUUUCUUGAAAAAUUACCAGGCCAUGGAUUCUUAUGUUAUCUCACAAAUCCCUCAACAAAUGGAGGUCGACAUCGAACUGCCAGCAUGUUUAGGGUAAUUAGAGUUCAGGCAUGCUUCGCUACACAUGUUCAAAAUCUUAGUUAUUAUCUCCAACGAUUCUUGUGAUCAAAGGUGUUGUUGAAAGUGUGGUGCAGGCAACCUCGUACCCAGGCUAUUUCCUCUUAUGCUCGAUGCCACGAAAAAGACCCUGAGUACGAGGAUGUGGUGCAGGUGCUGUAUCUUUAUCUCGUGACCAAUGACGUCAGUAUAUAAAGUCUGGUUUACACUAUCAAAGUUUCUGUGAUCACGGUAGGAAUUUUGCAUCGGUAAAUUCUAAGUUUUGAAAGAUUUGUAAGAAAUGUUUGAGGAAACUGAUUCAGUGUUUAAUGCACUGAGUCAGUUCCAUUUCAUGCAAAUCUUUCAAAACUUAGAAUUUACCUAUGCAAAAUUCCUACUGUGAUCACAGAAACUUUGAUAGCAUAAACCAAGCUUAAUUAAGCAGCCGUGUGAUAAUUCUAUCAGUUCUAUAUAAUCAGAUAUAUGUAUAUUGCAGGAAUCGAACCUCAAUGUCAGUAAUUGUCAGGAACAUCCCAAUUUAACUCAUCGUAUCCUGGAAAUGAUAGAUUGACCUGAAAUAUAAUCCCUAUAGGUGUGGCUCAUUCCUUCAGAACAUUCAAGAAACACAUUUAUUUCUGUCAGCCGGGGGAGGGAAAACAAUGCUCCAUAGAGAUCCAUUUAGUUCUAUUCAUUGCGUCUUCAACGGUACAAAACAAUGGUUAACCAUACACCCGUCGCAAACACAUCUUAUAUACCAGUCUGAAGAAUCACGAUACGAGUACGGAGGUUUCUCGGAAAUUGACGUAGAUCACGUGGAUCUCGAAGAGUUUCCGAUGAUUUCCGAAGUGAAGUAUUCUAAAGUAGUCAUGAAUAAAGGAGAUUGUCUUUUCAUGCCUCAAGGUUUGUGAAGUUCAUUCAUACGCCUGUAUUCUAAAAGCUCACUCGCACUCAAUGAGUGGAGGUUCAAUCUGAGCUUCUCUUGAAUGUCAAUAAUGUUUUUGAAUAGCUGGAGGGUGAGUAGUCACAUAGUAAGGCAUGACACUAGCUCUCCAGCUGGAAUAUUCCUAGUUCUUUAUAGUAUUGAACCGAGAAAAGCCCAUGUAACAAGAUCCAAUACGGUUAUUCCCUCAGGCUCAACUAAGCAGGAAAGAACAGCGCGCUAACCUUGUCUGCCAACCUAUUAUCUUUAAGUUAAACAACUUACCCUGAACGCAAUGGAUAAACAGCUAAAUUACCCCUCAAAAAUCUGUUUAUUGUUUCCCCACAGGCUACUGGCAUCAGGUACGCUCGAACGGUUACAUGAACACGGCAGUCUCGAUUUGGUUUUCAAAUAUGACGCAUUUCGAUUCGACUGGUUGCCCGUCUGAGAUCCCAGCAUCGAUGACUCUGAGAGAUGCCGACGUGCUAUGGCGGUAUCCUGGAAACGGCGACUUUACACAUGGCAAUCAUGAUAUAUACUUAAUAAAGAGGCUGUUACUGUCUUGGGCGGAUGAAGAUGGGAACAUAGAUCUUAACACGCUUACAAAGAAAUUUUUUGUAUAUAACGAAGAGAGUAAAAGACGGGAAAUUUUGGAAGAUGAUACAAAGCAACGAGCACGGAAGGUACAAUUACUAUCAAUCACCAUCAUAAACACUAUGACCAUUAUCAUCACCAUCAUUACAAUAUUAUCAUAACCAUCAUCAUUCAUCAUCACCAGCAUCAGACGAUUUAUCAUCAUCCUCAUCACCAUAAUCAUCACUAUCAUCGCCACCAUUAUCACGAUCACAAUCAUCAUCACCAAAUCAUCACCAUUAUCACUAUAUCAUUUUUCUAACUAUUGGGUUCUUCUCGUAGUUCGUAGAAUUUUUGGAUGAUUCAGGCAGUGGUACUAUCACCAAAGAAAAUGUGGAGAAAAUGAGUAUUGAUAGAUUAAAACAAGCCACCUUACUCUUUGCGCCAACUGACGUGUCGAACACACUGGACUAUGAAUACAGCCAUAUAGAGGAAAGUUCAAUUAGGUAGUCCAAAUAUAUUUUUUUUGCAGUUUUAACAAAAAACACAUCAUGAAAUAAAACAUAAAUUGAAGAUGAUAAACGUAGGACGUCGAGUCAAAAACAAGAGAGAAUGUAGAUAUAGAAUUAUCACAAUUUCAUUGUAUGAAUUUAGGAAAUCUAAUGUUUUCACUAUAAUUCUUAUAGGAAAUUGUUUAAAUAUUCUUUCAAAGAUGAUUGGUUUGAUUCGAGUACAUUUAUCGAAGGUUACAUGCAGGUAUUCAUGCUAUCUUUUUUAAUAUGUUCUUGUAUGAGAUCCUGAUAAUACACAGCAUGAACUGAUUAUGUACUGUUUAAUAAACGAGCAGGAGUGUUUUAUUAGGUUUAAAGACACGAGCGCGCAACGCGAGUGGCUUUAUACCUAAUAAAACACGACCUGCGAGUUUAUUAAACGGCUUCAAACACGACUACAAAUUCAAUAGAUAUACUGCCUUAUUAGUAUUCUUUAUAUAAAAAAUACUAAUGAGGACACGACUACAAUAGAUACUGCCUUAUUAGUAUUCUUUAUAUAAAGAAUACUAAUUAGGAGUGUUUUAUCAGGUUUAAAGCCACUGCACGUGACAUAUUAUGGUUGACAUGAUUUGCCUAUUGGCAAAAUGAAUUAUUAAUGAGUGUUUGAAAUUUGUUUUACAGGAGCUUGGAGGAUCAAUGCAAAAAGCACGCGAGUUAGUUGCAAGUCUUCUUGGGAGUAAAGAAACCGGUACAUACACUGAACUACAGAUGAAACUAGAUGGCGCACUUAUAAAUUACCAUAACUCACGAGCACAUGACCCGACCAUGGAAAGAGAAUUACAUAAACACCUAGCAUUGCACGACGAACUGUAACAAACGACGAAGGUCAUCAAAGGCACAGAUCAUCACAGAGGAUUAGGGAAAUCGGAAAGUCCACUGCCUAACCUGCGAACGGGCAUACUCCUUGCAGGAGAUUUGAAACCAACUAGUUAAGAACAAAGCGCCAUUGAAACUGUGCCCCUGCAUCAAUGUGAAAUUAUCAAUAUUUAUUAUCAAUAACUGUCUAUAAAAAUCAACGUAUUUAUUUAUUUAUUACAAUCAAAUGCAUGUCAUUAUGAUAUUGAUUUCCUUAUUUUGACACAAAGUGAUUAAAAACUUUAGUUUAAAAUAACGAGAUUUCGAUGUUUAAAUUCAUUUUCAAGUUGAGAAAAGUUUGUCACCACAAAAAUAUGAUCGUACAUGAUUUACUAGUAGCUUUUAGUGAGCAUUAUUGGCCAGCACAUAGCGGUACACUUCAAAAAUCUUAACACCUCGUUUCAGAGCAAAUUAAACUCUCGCCUUUUUUCACUGUCCUCCAAAUACAAUGAAAGAAUCUAAUGAAUCUCUCUACAUAUAAUAAAGAAUUAACGGAUCACUUUCUCACUCUGAGAUGUGCUAGUUGACCACCAUCUGCUGUACGAUAGUGCUUACUAAAAACUGCCUAUUCUUUUGUUUCAUGAGUGGUUUCUUCGCCAUCGCUCUCAUUUUCGUCGCCGCUUUUAUUUUCAAGAUCAUCUUUCGAUUUCUCUUCAAUUUUCUUUCGCUUGAUGUUGGGAUCUUCAGGUACUUCCUCAUCGAGACGCUCCUCUUGUACAUCAUCAUCCUCACGUUUCCUCUUCUCACCCUUAUUCCCCGAACCCUCCAUCGUUUCACGCGAGGUUUCGGCAUCAUCGCCUUUGUCUUCGACACCGCCUUUCUUGUCGUCGUCUUUAUUUUUGUCACCGUCUUUAUUUUCGUCUCUGCCUUCGAGAACGUCUUUCGACUUCUCUUCAAUUUUCUUUCGCUUGAUUUUGGGACCUUUGGAUACCUCCUCAUCAGGGUUCUUCACUUGUACAUCAUUGCCCCCGUGCUUCCUCUUUGCCGCCUUAUAGCCCGGACUAUCCUUCGUUUUACUUGUCGUGAUUUCGUCAUCGCCUUUAAUUACGUCACCGCCUUUUUGGUUAUCAUCUUUGAUGUCGUCAACGCCUUUACCUUCGUCUUUGAUGUCGUCAACGCCUUUAUUUUCAUCUUUGAUGUCGUCAUCGUCUUUAUUUUCGUCAACGAAUUUACUUUUGCCUUUAUCUUUAAUUGCGCCAAUACUUUUGCCCUUCUUUUGAGAACGUUUUUCAGUUUUUUUCAAUUCCUGUCGUACUUCCAUCAACAACUUGCCCAUGUUAUUUUCCCCAUUGAUGUUUCCACUUGUCUUGUCCACUCUUCCUGUCCAAUAAUCUGUUUUCCCUCUCAUUGGUGUGUGAACCAACAUGCGUGUACCGGUUUCCAAAAGUAACUUUCUGAAUGGCUUGGAUGCAAAUUUUUUUCGUAGACCUGCAGCAAAAUAACAAACAUAUUCUUUGCUUGCACAUGACAUGGUUGAUUGGUUGAUUUUAAAGUUUUGUCCAGCCGUUUAAAUCGAAAUAGUUGAGUUACUUUAAUAUUUUUGGUUUGUUUUGAAAACAUCUUACUGUAUUAUGGAUAAUUUACGAUUUCCGGCACAAUACGACAAAGAAUGAAGAAUAUAGAUUUUUAGUUGCCACGAAAAUCAACCAAGAUGGCGUUGAUUGCAAACGAGCAAUAUGGUUAAUUUUGGUUUUACUCAGUGGUGUAGAACUGAAAUGAUAACAAGGGAUGGGAGCUCUUAAA